AUGUUUCAUCGUCAGUGUUCUUCUUCCUCUUCUCCAACAACAACAACUCAAAACAGUUUCUUGCAAUUUCACCCUUGCAAAAGUUCUUCUGAAGAUGCUUCUUCUCAACAACAAGAUGCUUCUCCUUCCAAUCAUCAUUCCGAAUUGGACACCAUGUUGUGGAGACCUUCUCUGAACUCGAUGCAAAACUCGGUCAUGUAUGCCUUUGCAAAAUACAUUAUGAAACAAUAUCGGACUCUCUUUCUCGACCAACAAUUACCACUGCCAGCGUUUAUGCAAGUUCGAAUGGAACAUGACCCUGUUCUAUUCAAUUACUUGUUUCAUCAGUGGUCCAUCAGUGAUGAUCGUUUUUGGGGUUUGUUAUGGCGUUUUUUGAAUAUUAAGGCUUCGAAGGAAUUUUCACACGUCUUGGUGAGACCUUCCAUGGCCUAUGAAAGUGAAGAAAAGAACUCUCAUUCCAUUCAUGAAAAGAAGGGAUCAUGUUCGAAUGGAGUGAAUGGCGCGGUCCAGUUCACUCUCGAUUCAAAGGAUGUUGACAACAAAGAACCAUUGGGUAAGAUUUCAUUUCAUUCCACUUCCAAUCAUGACUUGUCCACUUCCUCCAAUCCAGUUCACGAAGAAUCAAUCUUUUCCAAACAUCCCUUUUUAGGAUGUAAAUUCUUUGUGGGUGCCAAAACCAAUUAUGCACAAAAUUUAUUAUGCAAAUGUUUAGAUCCAAACUUUGAAAACUCAGUGGCUUUGGUCUCUCUUGGAGAACAAGGUGUCAAGGGAGUGAAAGUUGAAAGGAGAGAAAUCACAUAUGGACAAUUAUGGAAUCAAGUUUCAAUUCUUGCUCAUUAUUUGAAAACAGAGUUGGGUGUGAAAAAGAUGGAUCGUUGUGUGGCUCUCCUUCCAAAUUCGAUUGAGGCAAUUGUUGCCUUGUUGGCUGUGACUAGUUUGGGAGCUAUAUGGUCAAGUGUGAGCCCAGACAAUGGAAAACGAAUUGUUUAUGAAAGAUUUAAACAUAUAGAGCCAGUUCUCAUGUUCACAUGUGAUCAUUACACAUUUAAUGGGAAAGUUUUUUCCACCUCCGAAAGUAGUGAAUUUUUAGUGAAGAAUUUACCAAGUUUGAAAACUGUGGUCAAGGUCAAAUUUUUGGAAUUCACCACCAAUGAAAAGAAUUUGGAGAUUAUCAAGUGUGGUGUUGGUCACAUGUCUUCAGAGAUGAUCACAGACGAAGAGAAACAACAUCGUCAACCAGUGCGAACCGUCGACUACAAGAAGGAAAUUAUGAGACCUUACGAAAUGUCACAACAGCAUGACAAUUAUUGUCGACCAACUCCACAUCUCGAAUUCGAGCAAGUGAGUGUCGAUCAUCCCAUUCAUAUUGUCUACACAAGUGGUAGCACAGGAGCACCUAAAUGCAUUUCUCAAGGAUUUGGUGUUUUGAUUAAUCACAUCAAAGAGACCCAUUUGCAUUGUGAUAUUACUGAAAAAGAUACAGUUUUUGUGUACUCGACUUGUGGUUGGAUGAUGUGGAACUGGCUUGUCUCUUGUUUAUAUACUGGAUGUAAAAUCAUUUUGUAUGAUGGAAGUCCAAUGUAUCCAAAUGUUCUCAGUAUGUGGAAAUUGAUCGAACAAGAAAAGAUUACUGUCUUUGGAACUAGUUCAAGAUAUUUAUCACUUAUGGCCACUCAUAAAGUGGAUUUAUUGAAAAAAACACCUCUCAAUUUGUCCCAUUUGAGGCUUGUGAAUACUACUGGAUCACCAUUGGCACCAAGUAUGGCAAUUUAUUUGUAUUCUCAUAUGAUACCCAAUGUUCAACUCAGUUCGAUAUCAGGAGGAACAGAUUUGAAUGGAUGUUUUGUGUUGGGUUCUCCAUUCUUGCCCGUCUAUCCAGGAGAGUUACAAACUGCUGGCCUUGGUCUCAAUGUUCAAGUGUGGAAUGAAGAAGGUCAAAGAAUAUUUGGAAAGAAUGGUGAACUGGUGUGUUUGAAUCCCUUUCCAUCUGCACCGCUCUUUUUUUGGGGCGAUCAAACACCUCAGCGUUAUCAUGACAGUUAUUUUGCACAAUUUAAUGGUGUUUGGGCACAAGGAGAUUUGAGUGAACAAACGAAACGAUUUGGAUUUUAUAUCAUUGGACGAAGUGAUGCCACCUUAAAUCCUGGAGGUGUUCGAUUAGGAACAGGAUGUUAUUAUGACGUGUUACAGCAUGUCGAGGAAGUGGUAGAUUCUAUUGUGGUGGGUCAAAGACAAGUCGAUGGAAAUGAACGAGUGGUUUUGUUUGUUCAAUUACAACCAGAGUUAGAAUUGGAUGAAAAGAUUUGCGACAAGAUCAACAACACCGUCAGAACACACUUAUCUGCACGACACAAACCAAGCGUCAUUGUUCAAACCAGUGGAAUUCCUAUUAACACAAAUGGAAAGAAGAUGGAGAAGUUUGUAAAAAAGUUGGUGAAUCAGGACAAGGUACAACCUUCAGAAAGAAGUUCGUUGAAAAAUCCAGAAUGUGUCUCGUGUUUCAUUCCUUCAAACUGGAAGACAGCAAACAGUUCAACCCCAAUGAGAGCUUCCAAGUUGUAG